AUGAGUGAUUUAAAUAUAUUUAUAACUUCUAAUUUAACAUCAUCAGAAAGAAGAAUAUCACCUCAAUGGAAUUUAAAAUAUUUAAAACAAAAAUUAGAAUCAAUUACUGGGAUUUCUCCCCAAAAUCAAAUUUUACAAUAUUAUCCCAAUAAUCAUUCUAAUGAAUAUAAAUUAAUUCCUUUCCCUGAAACCACCACUUCUGACGUUAAUGAUGAACAAAUUUUAUUAUCAUCAUUGAAUUUACAACUGUAUAGUCGAAUUCAUGUAUUAGAUUCUGAUCCCAAUAGUGAUAUCAAUAAAUUACAAGAAGAACCACAAACCAAUGAGGAAGAAGAAGGUGGUGAUGGUGGUGGUUUCACAGAAUUUAAAUUACUGGAAGAAGAUUAUAAAACUCGUCAAGAUUCAGUAUUGAAUUGGAAAAAGACUAAUAAAUUAGGUCGAUUCGAUCCUAAAUUCCAAUCAUUACAAGAAAAAUUACAACAUGAAACAGAAAUUAAACUACAAACCAUGUCUAUUGGAUCACGAUGUCGAUUAAUUAAUAUUGAAAAUAAUGAAAGACGUGGUGUAAUUAGAUUUAUUGGGAAAAUUAUACCAUUAGAUAAAGGAGAAAAUGAUUGGGUAGGGAUUGAAUUUGAUGAACCAGUUGGGAAAAAUAAUGGUAGUAUUGAUGGGAUUAAAAUAUUUGAAUGUAAACCAAAUCAUGGAAGUUUUGUUAGACCAAGAUUAGUUGAAGUUGGUGAUUUCCCUGAAUUGGAUCCAUUUGCUGAUGAAGAUAUGGAUGAUGAUGAUGAUGAAGAGUUGUAA